CCUCAAUUCAAUUGAUAUUCUUCAACUUCAAUUACCCAUCCGAACUCCCAUCUCUAUCGCCAAUAAUACCUUUACAGCACUUCACAAGACUUCCCGAGAAAUAUUGAUCCCAACUUUAUCGAACUAUAUAACCGGCCAGUACAACGCUAUGGAUCUUGUCUCGAGCAUCCGCAAGACAGGCUCGCGCGGCGGGGUCAACUUCAAUUGGGAGGAUGUCGCCACUUCGAACCAUCGCGAGAACUACCUUGGUCAUAGUCUGAAAGCCCCGGUCGGUCGUUGGGCGAAAGGCAAAGAUCUUACCUGGUACGCGAAAGCCGAUGCGACGGAAGCAUCCUCUACAGAGACGGAGCAGGAAAGGGCAGCCCGGGAGCGAAAAGAAGAGCUCAAACGAAUUAAAGAAGCAGAAGAAGAUGCACUAGCUCGUGCGCUAGGUUUGCCCGUUGCUCCUCGAAAGGUUACAGGUGCGAAUGCUAUAGAUGUAAGCGAAGGAAGAGGUGUGGUGGACAGUGGGGAUUCUACCGCUACCCCGGCGGAUACUAAACGGUUGCCCAACGACGCCCGGCAGACGUCCACAAAGCAACACGACUCUGGACGGCACCACCGGAGGAGACAUAGGAGCAGAAGUCGUAGUCGAGAGAGACAUCGGGACAGAUCGCCAAGGAGAAGGGGCGGCCACCAUAAUCAUCGGCUAAGAGAUGAAAAGGACGACAGACACGAUCAUCGGAGGCGAAGGAGUUAUAGUCCCGAGCGGGAUGACCAUAGACAUAGAAUAUCUCACCGACGAGAACAUAGCCGCUCUCGGAGCCCAGAGAGGAUUGAGAGGAGGAAAGACGGGAAAGAAAGUUUUAGGCCUAGAUCAAGGGAUGGACGACCACGGCGAAGUCGAAGCCCCCAACGACGUGGGAGAAGGAAUUCCCCAGGCGAUCACCGUCGAUAACCACAAAACGAACUAUAUGAGCUAUAAUUAUACUGUAUUAUUAUGCUUGACCGAAUAUUAAGUUGGUGGUUAAUGCUACAUAUUAAUGUUGAAGGUUAUCACGGCCUACUAGCUAGAUGGGUCUAGUUUGUCUAGGAAUCACUUAAUGAAGAUUAAUGAGGUGUGUCACAUAUUUACGAGGUUAUUCUCGAGUUUACAAGGAACAGUUUUUGCAAAGAACAGUCCAGUAUGGCUUACUAUGUGUUUGUAAAUAAUCUAAGAACUGGUAGCACGGGGCUGACGUAGGAAGGAAGGACGUACCUUGAGCAUAGGUGAGCUAAAGCUGCAGGUGAUUUCCAAUGUUUACAGUAACUGGAUGUGGAUGUCAAAGUACAUGAACAUGCGG